AUGGAUCAUUCGAAAGAAGUUACCCAAUUAGUUGGCCAGCUUGGAAGCCUUGUCAAAGAAGCUGGUUAUGAUGAAAUCUACGGGUAUCAAAUAGACCCAACCGGAGAAUUCUAUGACGAUGCCACUAUUGAAAAAUUAGUAUAUAAAUUGCUUAAAGCCUACAAAUUUGAAUUACAAGACACGAAGAAGCACAUCAUAGAAAUAUUGAAAUGGAGACGCAAAUUUGACCCGUUGAGUGCUGCCUUCCUUGAGAAGCAUGCCCCAAAGUUCGACAAGAUCGGUGCAUUGACGUUAAAUCCAGAUGGAGCUUCUGGCCAAAAAGUGGUCACGUGGAAUUUCUAUGGAACCAUCGAUGAUCCUCAGGACGUAUUUGGUCAUGUGAAUGAGUUUAUUCGAUGGAGAGUUGGAUUAAUGGAACAGGCUUUGAAUAUGUUGGACUUGAAUGAUGCUGACAACGAUUAUAUGGUUCAAGUUCAUGACUAUAAAGGAGCUUCUUUAUUUAGUAUGACUGGAGAUGCUAAAAAAGCUUCCACGAGCAUCAUCAGGUUGUUUGGGGAUUAUUACCCAGAGGUUCUCUCAAAAAAGUUCUUUGUCAAUGUUCCUGCGUUGAUGAGUUUUCUAUUUAAUGCAUUCAAGUCGUUUGUGGCCGAAGCUACGAGGAGGAAGUUAGUCAUGAUGCGAAACGGUAGUGAAUUAAGUGAAUAUUUAAAGGGUUCUGGUGUUCCAAAAAUUUACGGAGGAAGUUCUGGAAAACCAUUAGACGAGCUUAAACUGGUGUUUGACAAAAGUAAAAUCAAACUACCUGCCUAUGUUAGUUAUUUGUUGGAGACUAAGAUAGCUAAUCAAGUUGAUUGA